UUCAAAUCGAUUUGUCAGUAUAUUUCUGCUAACGUAGUAUGACAUACACUGUGUUGUAUCAAAUCUCGAGUAUAGCUCAAUCUUACAAUUGUAUAUCUCAAGUAUAUCUCAAUCUUACAAAUCUUAAAAUUGUUAAAGAUGUUUAUAAAAAGGAAAAAGUUAGAUAUCGCAGAAAGUGAAUUGUCUGAAAGAACAGGAAAGUUUCACAAGAAACAAUGGCUCGAUAUGGGCAACAAUUAUCUGUUUGCUCUGUGGGGGUUAACAAUGCAUUUAAUUCUAUUAUGGGGUGUAUUAGAUGUUAACUUUCAUUCACCUAUUAUUAGAGGAAUGCCAAUUGUACCGGCGCCUAAUGGAGCACCGGCUAAAAGGCUGCUGCUUUUCGUGGCUGAUGGUCUGAGAUUUCAGACAUUCAUAGAGAAGCCACCACCUUAUCUCAGGGAUGCAAUGAAGAAUAGAGGUGUUUGGGGAAUAUCUCACACAAGAGUGCCUACUGAAUCAAGACCAGGACAUGUUGCAAUCGCUGCAGGAUUGUACGAGGAUCCUAGUGCCAUUUUCAAAGGAUGGCAGGAGAAUCCAGUUGACUUUGAUUCUGUCUUCAAUCAAAGUCAUGCAACUUGGGCUUGGGGCAGUCCAGAUAUAGUAUCACUGUUCACAAAAGGUAGCAAACACAAUGUUUAUGGACAAAGUUAUCCAUCUGCGUGGCAGGAUUUCGAUACAAAAUUGAGUAAUCAAACAAGACGUCUGGAUUCCUGGGUGUUUGAUGCUUAUUUGAAAUGGCUACAAUCCUCAGUAGCCGAGACAGUCAUAAAUCAAAAUGGAAUCAUCUUGUUCUUUCAUCUGCUUGGAUGUGAUACCCUGGGGCAUGCUAAAAAACCAAAUUCCAGAGAAUAUGUAGACAAUAUGAACUAUGUCGAUAAGAGGAUUGAAGAGGCUGUGAAUGCGACAGAAGACUUUUUUGAGAAGGGCACCACCGCUUAUAUAUUCACAUCGGAUCACGGAAUGACUGAUUGGGGAUCUCAUGGAAGUGGUUUGCCAUCUGAAACUGAAACGCCGUUAAUCACUUGGGGAGUAGGAGUAAAAUCGUCUGGUUUUCGUCAAGACGUUGAACAAGCGAGUAUAACUCCCUUGAUAGCAUCCCUAAUAGGAAUUCCUAUUCCUAUAAAUAAUGAAGGUGCACUACCAUGGCAGUAUUUCAAUUUAGAUUAUCGUGAAUAUGUCGCUCGUUCUUUAAUCAGCAAUGUGAAACAACUAAUGCAUCAAAUAACAGAAAAUCGUGUGAUAAGUUGUCAAGAUAGUGAUUAUACUGAUUGGCGAGAGACACAGAUAAAUGAUAAAAUUCGUAAAGCCCAACAACAUAUAAGUAAAAGAAAUAUAAUGGCAGGAAUUCGAGAGGGCAAUGAUGCAAUUAGUUUGAGCAAGGAAGCCUUAUUGUAUUUCAGACAAUAUCAACGUAUACGAUUUUUAAUAUAUUUGUCAAUAAUGUGGCUUAGCUGGAUAGUUAUAUUAUUCUUCAAAAUAGCUGGAGCAAAGCGUCAAUAUUCGCGAAUUUUUCUUCUACGAUUAGUAAACGUUGGAUUUCCAUGUUUAUUAAUAAUAAUGUUAAUUGUACACAUAACGUCUAAUUGUAACAACUGGAGAUUACCAUGCUACGCAUCCUUUGCUAUAAUAUCUGCGUGGUUUGCCGUUACUACUUAUAUUACAUCGACGCCUGUAUUUGCAGAAACGAGCACACAAACGCUAGUCAUAGAUAUUGGAGGCACUCUGUUACUACUAGUUAUAAUAUUUGCCGGAUUAACAUAUAGAUUUGCUUUCAGCAUAGGAAUACUGUUACUCUUAUUGAUACGAGCAAUAAAAUCAGAAGAUGUACCAACUUCUAUGAUUUGGACUUCGAUUGCACUAUGUGUAUUUCCAUUACUGCCUGUCGUUGAGCCAUAUCCACGCACUUAUAUUGUGAUAAUUGGCAUAUGUAUAGCAAUAGCGAUAGUGAUUAUUAACGAGAUGUCACAAAGUCGGAGAAUAAUGGAAAUUGUACGUCUAGUCGUCACAAGUGUUGUAUAUAUGGAGUUCAUCGAUGGUCGUUAUUGGAUAUCGUGGAUUAUCCUGCUGACUGCACCAUUAAGCAUUUGGUGUCAUCCAAUAGAGAACAAAAAAAGAACGCUGGGCGUAAUGCUCGGAUUUUUCUGUUCUCUUACAUUGUUGUCGGCUUCUUACGAGCCGAUCUUCUUCAUGACUCUUACACUCAAUUUAAUUUCCUGGUUGGAAGCUACUUCAACUACCUCAAAGAUCUCAGGAGAGCGAAACAUCACAGAAGACUUGAUCAAAGCGGCGUUUUUCGUAUCCUUAUUAUUGUGCUUCUUCGGCACAGGAAAUAUGGCGAGCAUCAGUUCAUUUGAUCCGUCUUGGACGCGUCACUUUAUCACCGUCUUCUCUCCAUUUAUAAUGACGUUCUUGAUACUUCUUAAACUUAGCAUUCCUUUGCUAUUAGUGGGAUGCGUGAGCUACUCUUUAGAAUUGGAAGAAUGUAAAAAGCCAAACUCUUUAGCUGUUCUCUUUUUAGGCGAUUGUUUGUCAUUGCCUUUGAUGUAUUGUGUCACACCAUACGGUAGUUGGCUCGACAUCGGUAGCGCUAUCAGUAAAUUCAUUAUUGCUAUUUCUCUUCCUUGUCUUUUUGUAUUAUUACAAUGUCUUUCGCGUCCACUUAUGAAACUGGACUUUGAACGAUUUUGGAUCGGUCCACUAUCUCAAAAGAAACAUAUCGUAUAGAAUUUUUUAUAUGAUUAGGAAAAUUAAACUAAUAAUUGUGCUUUAAAAGUAUUUGUCUAUAUAUGUUUGUUACUGUCAUUUACAUUGAAAUAUCUGACAAAUUUGAUUUAAAAAAAAUCGAACAAAUACAUCUCUGUGCCUGUAUGUAUGUGCAUGUAUGCGUGUGUGUGUGUAUAUAUAUAUUCAACUGUCGGCCUACUGUGUUUGUACUGCCAUUACAUCGAAAUAUCUGACAAAUUUGAUACAAAUUAAACAAAUAUGUCUGUAUGUGUAUAUAUG